GAGAGGGAGAGUUCCACCCCUGAGCCUGAUGCCUCCACCUCCAGACCAACCUUCCCAGAGGUGGGUGUCUUCCCCAGCCUUGGGCCUCUCCAGUCGGACAACACCCAUACAGAAGACCAGGAGGAGGUGAUGGAAGAGGAAGAGGAGGCAGUGGUCCUUGGAAGACCUAGGAAUGACUCGGGAAGAGCAGGGAGAGGAGGGGACAUCUCUCCCCUGACCACAGCCCCCUUGGCGUCUCUGGCGCCCACGGUCGACAUCACAGAGGAUUCAGCGGUCCGUCUGGAGGACGAGGAGAUGUUCGCUGAGAAGGAGAUCCAGGAGGAGGAGAGGAGGCAGGAGGAGGAGAGGAGGCAGGAGGAGGAAAAGAAGCAUGAUGAGGAGGAGCAGGAGGUCAGGCAUGGAGGAAAAGAGCUGUUAACAGAGGCAGAGCUCCUCCAUGGUGCACACUUCUCCCAGGAGAUACAGCAGGUGAUCUGUGUGGACUGGAGCGAUCUGGCUGGGAUGGGGUACGUCAUCCUCAACAUGUCAGACAACGUUGACUGUGAUGAGUUCCGUGUGGAGAGUGGAGAGCGGCUCUUGGAGCUGCUAGAGACAACCUUCUCUAGGAAGAUGAACAGUCCUCAGGGCUCCUGGCUCAUCUCUCUCUCUAAACCCACCAGACAGGACCACCAGCUGCUCGUCACGCUGACCAACGAACACGGAGUUAUUGCCACCAAGGAUAUGUUGUCAAUGUUAGGCGAAAUCAGGAGAGGUUUACACGAGAUUGGUAUCCAGAACUACAGCAGCGCUAACACCUGUCACUCCAGGCCCAGUCAGACUCGCAGUGACUACGGGAAGCUGUUUGUGGUCCUGGUGAUCAUAGGUUCUGUCUGUGUGGUCAUCAUCGCCUCUGGUCUCAUCUAUAUCUUCUGGCAGAGACGCCUGCCUAAGAUCAAGACUAUGACUCGAGGCGAGGAAUUCCAUUUUGUGGAGAAUGGCUGCCAUGACAACCCUACCCUGGAUGUGACGAGUGACGGGGGGCGGCAGCCAGAUAUACAGGAGAAGAAACAUCACCAUGCCAACGGACUGACGGCUGGGUCUGGGGGGGAGGGAGGGAGUAGUGGCUGGCAGGUCCUGGUCAACAAACCUGGAGUGAAGGAAGAGGAUAAUAUGGAAGAGGAUACACACCUUUAGUAGAGAGAAGAAGAGUGGAAGAGGAUACACACCUUUAGUAGAGAGAAGAAGAGUGGAAGAGGAUACACACCUUUAGUAGAGAGAAGAAGAGUGGAUGAGGAUACACACCUUUAGUAGAGAGAAGAAGAGUGGAAGAGGAUACACACCUUUAGUAGAGAGAAGAAGAGUGGAAGAGGAUACACACCUUUAGUAGAGAGAAGAAGAGUGGAAGAGGAUACACACCUUUAGUAGAGAGAAGAAGAGUGGAAGAGGAUACACACCUUUAGUAGAGAGAAGAAGAGUGGAAGAGGAUACACACCUUUAGUAGAGAGAAGAAGAGUGGAAGAGGAUACACACCUUUAGUAGAGAGAAGAAGAGUGGAAGAGGAUACAUACCUUUAGUAGAGAGAAGAAGAGUGGAAGAGAAGGUAGCCUGGAUCCAGAUCUGUUUGUGCUGUCUUCCCAACUUCUAUGGUCACUGUCACAUUUGGCGUGGCACGACAGCACAAACAGAUCUGGGAGUCGGACGAGGCUAGAAAAGAGAACUCAUGAUGAAGACUCAAAACAUCAGUGUUGUGAAACUUGCGAAUGCAUCGGCUGUCAAAUUAUACAGAGCAAAAAUAUAAACGCAACAUGUAAAGUGUUGGUCCCAUGUUUCAUGAGCUGAAAUAAAGAUCCCAGAAAUUUUCCAUAUGCACAAACAGCUUAUUUUCCUUAA